AAGCGGCCGCCCCUUGAGCCUCGCGCUCUGCCCUCCACGGUGCUCGCGCCCGAUGGGUCGGUGCGGUAUUUUGCGUACGGGUCGAACUUGGGCCGUCAAAAGGUGCUGUCGCGCGGCGCAGCCUCAAUAAUCUCGACGGAGCGGGCGAACGUGGCGGGAUGGCGGCUCGCCUUCACGUUUGCGUUGAACCCGCCGCUGGAGCCUUCAUUUGCCUCGAUCGAGCCCGCCCCGGCCGAGACGGUUUGCGAGGGCGUGCUCCACACCCUCACCCCCAGCGCAUACGAGGAGUUGUGGCGCUCCGAGGGCGGCGGCGGUUCGAGACCCGACUACGAUGAGAUUGUCGUGCUCGCAAAGCCGUGGAGUGGCAGCGAGCCGGUUAGGGCCAUCACGCUGCGGGCUGCGCAGAGCCGGCGCCUCAGCCACGAUGUCCCGCCAUCGCAGAGAUACUUGAGCAUUGUUGUCGCCGGCGCGCACGAGGCAGGGUUGUCGCCCGCCUACAUCGCGCGCCUCGAGGCCAUCUCGGCCGCCGCGCCGUCGGGUUUCCUGGCCGCCGUGGCGGAGGCGCACGGCCUCCUCCUCGUCCUGCUCUACCUGCUCGGCUUGCAGCGCCUCCUCUCGCCCCUCCGCGCCAUCUGCUUCCUCCUCCACCGCCACGUGCGGCCCCGUCUACGCGACAUCGCGACCGGCCUGCUCCUCCUGCCGACGGCGGCCAUCGGCGCCGCCACCCGCCCCGCGCUGCGCUUGCUUGGGCGGGAGCGGUGGCUGAGCUACGCUCGCUACGGACAGCUGCCACCGACGCCCGCGACGACGCUGGCCUCUGCGCGCUGCGUGAGUGAGUACCACUACCAGAGUCGUUAGAGAGCUCCUCGUGCGUCGCAGCGGCGGGGAGCGGGCGCGGAGGCGUCGGCGAUGGGGCUUCUCUCGCCGGUAAUCGAGAAACAAAAUAAAACAAUCACUGAGGUUUCC